AUGCACGCCCCCCUCGGAGUCCCGGAGCGUCAGCAGGUGUCUCGUGACCGAGGGGAGCAGCGAGAACACCGAGGAGGCGUUUAUGAUCGGCUCGCUGCUACCAGCUUCCAUCAGCACUCAUUCGAGGUGGUCCCGUUUCAUCGCCAUGUGCAACGACGAGAAGCAGGCGCUCAACCUGUGUCUGAGGAAGGAGGUGAGUCUACCGGCCGACCGGCCGGUGCGGCCGGUGAACUGAAGGUGACAUCCAUUGGCCCUCCACCGGCGUGGGUCGAUGAGAGGCUGGUGCGAGGAUCAAGGAAUGCCGUGCAGAGGCCAACUCCUAGGCAGGAAGUGAGGAAGCACAUGAGGAAGGAUUGGGAAAUGGCAGCUUCUGGGGGCAAGCGUUCGAAAUAG